UCCGGCACGUUCAGGCAAGCUCCCGUGCCCACGUUUCUGAGUGUCAUGCCAGCGCACUGCGUCGCGUAUGGGUGUACGAAUUAUUACGGCAAGAAUAACGUGGGUUUUUUUCGGUUUCCGUCCGAGAAGCUGUAUCCACUGAAAAGAGCGUCAUGGGUGAACGCCGUAAAGCGGUUGAAUGCGGACGGCUCAGUGUGGCAGCCAAACGUGCACUCAAGGAUUUGCAGCGAGCACUUUAUAGCAGGCCGGCCUUCAAACUUUUCUAGCCACCCUGACUACGUGCCAACUGUUUUCUCAUACACCCGAACUGCCGGACCGGCUGCAGUGGACCGGCAUGGUCGUUGGAUUAAGAGGCAUGCAACAGCACGCGGUCCAGCUUCUACAACGCUGCAGGAAGAGAAAAGCAAGAGUGCAUCUACAGGCACCAAAUCCAACGGGGCUGCUGCAUCUGAUAAGGACGAGAAUGGCGGUUCAGCUUCUACGACGCUGCAGGAAGAGAAAAGCAAGAGUGCAUCUACUGACGUCAAAUCCAAUGGGGCUGCUUCAUCUUCCUAUGACUCUUACCCAAUACUCGCCAGAUGA